ACCAAUCGCGGGCUGCCACGUGUUAUGGGAUCCGCGAAACAGUGAUGAACUCGUCAGACACAGGUUCACUAGGAAAAGCUGGAGAGAUGCAGGUUCUAUCACUGUACAUUAUUUUAAUAUAUUUUUUUUGGGAAUCUUUGUGAACCCCUUAUAAAUUUAGUAAUAGGGAUGCUCUUAGAUCAUAAUAGCACGUCAAGUUUUCUAUAACUGAUUUACCAAACUAUGUAUUGUGUGAGUGACAUUGUUGAGAACGUAAGAAAACUGGCUUCAUAGCUAAGAUCAGGUUAAUUAUAUUAGAAAAUACUCAUAGAAUAUCUCAUCAAUAAAAAAUAGAAUUAAAUUGAAAAAGAAAGAAAAAUGGAAAUUUCAAAUAAAAUACUUUGAAAACUUCUUAAGAAACUUUCAUCACAUAUAUUUGCUUGUGAUCGGUUUUAUAUUUAAAUGUCAACUUUAUUAUAUAACUAAAUUCUAUGAAAAUGUCAUUAUUAUUUGGAAAAUAGCAUGUCAAAGUCUUGCAUUAAACUAACUUACGUGUACAAUACAUGAGUGAUACUGUUUUUUUUAAUACUACAUGAGUGAUACUGUUGAAAACUACAAUUUCUUUACAAUUUAUUUUGAGAUGCUUUAACAAUAUAUAUAUGUAAAACAUAACAAAAAAAAGGGUAAUACAUCAGAUUAAUGUAAUUAUGUAAAGCUUAUAUAUCUAAAAUAAUUAUCCGAAUUUUUGCUAAUCCAGGUUGGAAAUCUAACUUUGGGUAUUUUGGAACUCUUAAGAAAUAUAUUUUUGAAUAAUUUGAGUAUAUUUAUUUUUAUAGUUUUAAGAAUAAACAAAAACAGCAGGUAAUUCCAAUAUUAUUCUUUUGGCGGAUUAGCUGAAAAUAAAUAAAUCGUUCAAAAUCUAUAGUUUAGUUUAACAUAUACAAUGCAUCUUUGACAGCCGACAAUUAGUAAAAUUAGUAAGCAUCAGGAACACAAUGUAAAAUAUAAGCCCGAUUAGGCCCACAAAAGGCCCAAAAUCUCAAUAAUACUCUUUCUCCCUAUUUACUUUAACCAGCCCAUAUAAAUGCUCAAAACGCGCUUCCUUGGUGAUCGCUGUGUGUUUAGACGUCGUAGCUGCGGUGACCACUGCGGCGUCGGUUUAGUGCAACCAACAUCGGUUAGGUUUGGUCUGGUUCGGCGUCGAGAGGACACAACCGACUGAAAAAAAUUCGGCUUGUUAGAGAAGCAAAAAGACACCGCCUUUCCCGUCUCGAGGCGGAGGAAAAACCCUACGAUCUCUCCUCGACCACCGUCUGAGUAUUAAUUAGAAGAUUCGAUAUCUCGAUUCGAAUAAUGAAAUAGAGGUUUCUUGAAAGAUGUUCGAAGGGCUUGUGCAAAAGCUUUUGUUGGGGUACUUAGGUCGCUACAUCAAAGACAUUCAGAGAGAGCAGCUCAAGAUCACUGUUUGGAAUGAGGAAGUCUUGUUGGAGAACGUGGAGCUGAUUCUUGAAGCGUUUGACUAUUUGCAGCUGCCUAUUGCUCUUAAGCAAGGACGUGUUGGGAAAUUGAGUAUUAAGAUUCCAUGGAAGAAGAUUGGCUGGGAGCCUAUCAUCAUUAAACUUGAAGAUGUCUUUAUAAGCGCAACACAACGCAGUGAUCAAGAGUGGAGUUCAGAUGUGGUUGAGAAAAGAGAGUUUGCUGGCAAGAAAGCUAAGCUUGCUGCUGCAGAACUGGCGAAAUUGUCCAAGCGUGUCUUUGACAGUCCAGCAGGGAAUUAUGUUACGUCAUAUAUUGCAGCUAAGGUUCUUGAUAGUAUUCAACUGUCCAUCAAAAACUUUCACAUCGUGUACUCUGAUGCACAAUAUGAAUCGGAACAAGUUGUAUUAGGAUUGCGGUUUUCAAGUUUGACAGUUUCGAAGCAAAACCCCAUUGGAAAACCCGUUGGUAGGAUGAGAGGGGGGCAAGUGAAUAAACGUGUGGAGGUUGAAGCUUUGGAAAUUUAUUGCGACAAGUAUGAAGGAGACAUGGACUUUCUAAGUGUUGAUAAAAAAGGAGAUUUUGACAAGUGGUGCCAAGCGAAAGUGCUAAGCGAUGAAUUUGGUUAUUUAUUGAAGCCAGUCCAUGUUUGUGUAACACUAUCGGUCAAUCGAUCUGGAGAGCUUUAUGAUGAUCUACCUCAGUAUUCUAUCAGCGCUAAGUUGACUGAUGUGGCCAUGACUCUGAAUGAAUUUCAGUUGCAGCAGAUUCUUAUACUGUUAGAUUACUUACAAACCAGCCAAUUGCGUGAGAGGUAUGGGCGGUAUCGCCCCUGCUCCAGUUCCUUAUCGAGGAAACCACCAGAGUGGCAGAGACUCUGGUGGCGUUAUGCCCAAAAAUCAAUUAUAUCUGAAGUACGGAAGAAACUUUGGAAAACUUCAUGGAGAUUUCUUGGACAGCGAAUGACAAUGCGAAGGAGGUAUAUAAACUAUUACAAGAUAAAGCUGGAUUUCCUUCGCAAAGAACAGUCAAUCGAUGAGGAAAUUCUUUUGGGGCUGGAAGAAAUGGAGAAGAAGUCUGACAUUGAUGAUAUCUUAAGUUAUCGGUCUGCAGCAGAAGGUGAGAUGCAGAAAGCUUGUUCAGAAUUGGCUGUAAACAUGGGAGAAGUUGGUGCCACUGGCACUGAAAAGGAACAGAGUGUCUCUGAAAAGGAACAGAGUGAUGAUCCUACAUCGAAUCAGUCGCGUGGGUGGUUGAAUUGGUUGUCACGGGGAAUGCUCGGUGCCGGAGGCACAGAGGAUUCUAGUCAGUUUUCUGGUGUUGUUUCUGAUGAAAUUGUCAAGGAUAUACACGAGGCAACAAAGUUUGACCCUCUUUCUUCAUCUCCUAGAAUUAUAAGUGCAACUGGUCAGAUCUGUACGUGCUUCAUUAGACUCGACGUGCAAAAAGUUUCUGCUAUUUUGCAGCAUAUAAAUGGUCAAGCUAUAACAGAGUUGGACAUUUUGGGGGUGAUUGUUGAAUGCAAGUCUUGGAAAGAAUCUACAGCCAUCAAUGUUUCUGUUAUCUCUGGAAGGCUGGUCUAUCCUCAAAAUGGGAAAGAAAUUCUAACCAUGAAAGAGAGUGAUGAACUGGAAAUGAAACCGUCGUAUGGAGUGCGGCUAGAUUUGUCUCAAGAUCAUGAUGUUGCAUUGUCAGUAAAGGUCACCCUUCAACCACUUGAAGCCGCUUACGAUGUAGAUUUCUUUCUAUCUGUCAGCAAAUUUUUCGCUGGUUCAAGAGCCUUCAAACUUCAGCAUGAAAGAGUUCUAUCAUCACUCAAUGGCCUUGAAAAUGAAACGCGAUUGGCGGCUAAAACUGAAUACCUCUUAUCAAGCCGAAAUAAAGUGAAAUGGGACUUGGACAUAAAAGAUCUUACCAUAUGUUUCCCUGGACGAUUGGUUGAAUCAGAAAGCUAUAAUCUGGUUCUGGUAUUGGAAUCUCUGUCUAUCACAUCCAGUAGCACAGAUUUUCUUAACCCAAGUCCAAGAAUGCAGCCAGGUAUAGGGGAUGGUUUACAAAGUUCCAUUGUAGCCUUGGAUGUUUUUCAAGUCAAAGAUUUCUAUGACCAUUUUGAGAUCAACAUCUGUGACCUUGAGAUGAGACUGACGAAGAUUCAAUCUUUACAAGAACUUCCCCUUGUGGAGAAAACAUCGUUACUUAUAAAGUUAGCGUCUUGUUUAAUUCCGGAAGAGUCAGUAUUGAACCAAUUGGAGAUUGAAGCUACUCUGUCUACGAUCAAUGUACAUUUUUCUCCGUCAGUAUUUGAAGGAGUCAUGUCUGUGAUUGAAUAUCUUGAUAUUCAGGAUCGCGGAGCUCAAGAUGUUCCGCCUUACCCCGUUUCCAUCUUUCGGUUCACCAUCAAUACCAACUUGGCACUUUUCAGGUUGCACGUCAAUCUUGAAAAUGAAGGAGUAAAUAGCACAAUGCUUAUUCUUUCUUUACAACACCUUGAUCUCUGGUAUUCACUUACUAAAUUUGAAGAGUGGUCGGUCCGUAUAAAAGCAUUGGAACUGAUAGCUCGUUCCUCUAGAGAUGCAGCUCAUAGUCAUAUCUUAUGUUCAUCAGGGGAUGUACUCGAGUCGUUCUUUCCCGGCGGACAGGAGAUGGAUGCUCAAAGUAGCGGUCAAACCAACAUUACUGAUAACGGCACAACUCCUGAAGCUGUUCUCAGCUUAAUUUGCAAGGUCUCCCGAAGUAAAAAUUCUGUUUCUCACAAGUAUACAAUCAAUUGGACGGGCGCUGAACUCCAUUGCUACCCAUACAUAUUUGGUUUGCUGACAAGUUUUUUGGACAAGAUAACUUCCUAUAAGAUCUCUUCUGCGGAUACGUAUCCAUCUAGCCUUCCUGCAGACACAAAUACUCCAACAGAAAUUCCUCGGCUUGGGUUUGAACGGUUUGGAUUCUCAAACUUCAUUGAAAAUAGAUCUUGUGGCUCCAUUCCUCUGGACAAAUAUCCAUUUAUGACCAUUUACAAUUCUGGUUCUCUUGGUACCCUAGAUAGUUCUCUUUGUUAUUCUUCUUCUGACUGGAGGAAGUCAUUUAAGCUAAAGAAUAAAAAGGAUGGGACAGACAUAGGUCUGAACUGCGAAUGUGAGAGCUGUACUUUGCAACAAAACUGUGAUUGUCCUCUAAAUGAGCUUUCGUUCUCCAGAGGUCUUAGCCAGACCAGUCUCUUUAUAGUUGAUGUGCAUGUCUCCAACACCAAUGUGCAUUUCCAUGAUUCUUCGAGUGUUUUUGGGACUAUUAUACUGCCAGUAUCCAGAUACGUGCUUACCAUUUCAGACGAUUGUUUUGAUUUGGUUGCCACUGCCGAAGACUUGAUGCUGGAGUCAUCAUUGUUCACCAACUAUUUUGGCGGAUUUCUUUGGAGAGCUUCAUUAACAGAUGUCUCGCCGGUCUUGAACCUACGUGUAAGGAAGAGGAAUUUGGAGUCUUCUGGUUCUGAGCUUGAAGUGAGUAUUGGUAUUCAACACACAUGCUGCAUUUUGCCACCGGAAUAUCUGGCCAUUAUAAUUGGAUACUUCACGCUUCCUGAUUGGACUUCAAAGUCAGGCCUCCAGUCAUUGCCACAAGCUACUGAGUGCACUAAGGCUCAUUCUGAGCUUGCCAUUACUUAUAAAAUUGAGAUUCUGGACUCCACUGUGAUUCUUCCUGUAGAAAAUGACGACUGCCGGCAACUGAAAGUUGAUUUACAAGAGUUAUAUAUGAGCUUUAUUCUAGAGUGUGCUUUGAGCAAUGUGGUGCAGCACAUACCGGAGGAAUGUGUUAUUCCACGUAAUCAAGUAGCAGGGCGAACCGAUUGUAUAAACAUAUUUGGGCGGGACUUGUCGCUAUCAUUGCUUCUUUCGGAGAAUGGCAUAUCAACAUUCAAGAAGGAUUCCGUGUGCAGAAGUAUCACUCUGGCUGCCAGAUUUAUUGCUGACGCAUGGAUUAGAUUACCUUGUGAUCACGAUUCAUUAUCAGAUAUGGCAUGUGUUAUGUCAAGGGUUGAAGUUUGUGAAAUCGUUGCAGAUGAUUCAGAUUCCUUGGAUGGGUUUAAGGCAUUUCUUGAUGUGGUUGAUCAGCUUUCUUUAGUUGGUGAGGAAUCAAAUCUUUUCGUGUCUGAUGUUCCCCAGUUUCUUGAUACGAAGAUGCGUCUAAAGCAGGAGCCGGCAGUUGCACCCCUUGAAUCCCUCGCUAACUUUCUAAACUUCAGAUUUUUUGUCAAUCUUUUGAUGAUAAAACUGCAUCGGAAAGAUCUUGGAACACUGCUGUCCCAACCGGUGCUCCAGGCUGAUUUGAAAUUUGUUUGCUCUGGGGACCUUGAAAAUAAUUUUCCUACGAGCUUGGAUGUUCAAUGUUUCGAAAUUGGGCUUUAUUCAUUGCUGAGCUCAGUCAUGUUAGCUAGAUGCACCGAUGCAAAUGGGGGUCCUUCAGCGCUUAAAGUCAGAUUUAUGGCAGAGGUCGAAAAUGAAUAUAAACUCUGUUUUUCUAUCCCAUCCCUGGACAUCUGGUUACACUCUUCUGAUUGGAUUGAAGUUAUUGAGCUUCUUACAUCUUUUUCCCAGAAACUGGAAGACAGUAACUUAGAUAUGCAUGAUUCGAUUGAAGGGGUAAGGAAUGCUUGUGACAAUACAGAUGGGGUUUUGAGCGUGCAAUCUGGGGUAUCAGAGAACCCUUGUGAGGUUAUGGCAUUUGCUGCAAGAUCAGAGAUUAUUGGCGUCACGAUUUAUUUUCCUCUCUGCAUAAGCGACACAGAAUUUCCAGGGUUCAUGGCAGCUGACAUUCACGAGAGAUCUGAGGAAGAGCAUAUCAAAACCUUAAAAGGGAGAUACUGUAAAUAUGUCUCUGUCACUGCACUUAGUAGGAGCGGUGAACUCUCUAUUCUUGGGAGAGAUGUUAAACUGAGCAAUAAGAUUGAAAAGCUCAAUGGUAUUCUUGCAAUAUCCGGGAUUGAUACUGUCAGGUCUUGCUCUCUAUUUGGGGCGUCACAACUACUUGUAGAAACUAGUAUUCAGAUGGAUAAGAAGAAAAUCAUGAGCAUAGAUGUUGGGGUACUGUCUGACAAUGUAGAGAUGCAUGCAUCUCAUCAAGUAUUAUCUUUCUGGAACGGAGUUACAUUUGAUGCACCUGAGACGCCAUCUUCACCAAGUUUUCAAGGAAUCAUAAGUAUGAAAUUCCAGAUAAGAGAAGCGUCUCUUCUUUUAUCAGAUGGAAGGUGGGGAUGUAGCGGUCGGCUUCUUGAAGUUAUUGUGAGAAACUUUCUCCUGCAAGCUAAUCUUACCGAAAAUAAUGUGGAGAGUUUGAUUUCAUGUGACCUUGAAGUGAAUUAUAAUAAUAUGCACAAGGUAUUGUGGGAGCCUUUUAUUGAGCCCUGGAAUUUUGAUAUUAAAUUAUCCAGAAAAUUCGAGGCAAAUGCUUUGCUGAACAACGCUGGACUUACUGAAGUAAUUGUUGCAUCAUCAAAUCAGCUCAAUGUGAACUUAACGGAAUCUCUUUUUGAGUGCAUUUUCAGGAUAACUGAGAUGUUGAACACUUUGGAAUUGAUGGAAACAGAUGAUGUUCCUGACGAUAAGAGGUUGUCAGUUCACUGCACCGAGAGUACCAAUACAGAACGAUAUUCUCCCUAUGUACUUCAAAAUUUAACUUCUCUUCCUUUGGGGUUCGAAGUUUUCCAAGGACGUAAUUCACAUUUGCUCAAUAUGUCAGCUCCGGUGGCUCAGAAUAUUGUGCAACCCGGUUCCUCUGUUCCCAUAUAUCUCGAUAAUAGUGACACACUACUUAUCCCUGAUAGACGUCGAAGUCAUUUUGGUUGUUUUAGCUGCGAAUCUGGUGAUGCCACACACCAUUAUAUGAAGGUCCAACUUGAUGGAACAUCUUUUGCUUCUCCUCCUCAUUCAAUGGAUCGAAUUGGCCUUUCCUAUUUUGAGGUUGAUUUUUCCAAAACAUCCAAGUCUAGUAAUAAUGUUGGGAAAGCAAGUAAAUCUGGUUCUGGAAACAGCUUUGUUGUUCCUGUUGUGUUUGAGGUUUCAUUGCAUCAGCAGAGCAAGUUGAUACGAGUAUACUCAACAGUAAUAAUUUUGAACUCCACCUCCAUGCCUUUGGAACUUCGCUUUGAUAUUCCAUUUGGCGUCUCUCCGAAGAUUCUCGAUCCAAUCUUUCCUGGUCAAGAAUUUCCACUGCCUCUACACUUGGCUAAAUCUGGUCGUCUGCGGUGGCGUCCCCUGGGAGAUUCUUUUUUGUGGAGUGAAGCUCAUAGCAUCUCUAAAGUUCUUUCUCAAGAUAGCAGGAUAGGAUUUCGCCGAUCAUUUGCCUGUUAUCCAUGUCACCCUAGCCAUGAACCAUUUCGGUGUUGCAUAUCUGUUGAGAGUUCUAGCCUGCCAGCAUCAUUUGGCCGGGAGUUGCACGAUAUUGACCAAUCAAGGGAGCAAUUCAUUCAUCAAGUGACUUUAAGUACUCCAUUUGUUGUGAGCAGCUGUCUUCCAGAACCAAUAUCACUUUCUAUAGAAAGUGGUGGCAUCACCCAGACUGCAUCCCUUUCUGAGGGGGAGACUCCGUUCUAUCAUAUUGAUCCUUCACAUGACCUGGUCCUUGAGUUCAAAUUAAAUGGCUCUAGAUCAUCAUCUUUAAAGUUUCCACGCUCAGAAACUUUUAGCACGUUGGCUAAGUUCAGUGGAGGGAAGUUCUCUCAGACUGAAACUCUUUGCUUUGAUUCAUACCCCGAUGGUGGCUCCGUUUAUGUAUCUUGUGAGAAAACAAUGGAUGUAACAUGUGGGGCACGGGAAGUAUUCAUCUUUGUCCCAUUUCUAUUGUAUAACUGCACUGGGACUCCUCUGAUUGUUUCGGACUGCACCAAUGAAGCCAAAGCUUACAGCGUAAUUCCAUCCUGCUACAACCUUGUUGAGCAACAUUUUGUUCAGAGUCAAAAAGUUGGUCUUGGCAUUUUGACUUCUGAUAAAGAUUUGCUAGAUAAAUUUCCAAAUGCGGAUUCCCCUUCUAGUCCUUCUUCAUCGGAGUGCAGCAAUACUACAUCCAGUAUUGAGAGAUUUCUGGAUAGACAUGCGACUCCAUCGACUCGGCAAGUCCCUUUAGCAUAUCCAAAAGACUCGGCAACUGUUCGCAAGCGAAGUCUUUCUUCAAAAAGUCUAAGGGAGGUGUGCUUCCAAGGUAAUGAGCCUGGCAAAGUAAAGGCAUGCAUUUAUUCACCGUGCCCUAUUUCCAGAGCCAGUGACAGCAGUAUCCGUGUCAAAAAGGACCUGCCAGGGUCAGAUAAUUCAGAUAGCCCACACUCUCUGUGGUCUGCUCCAUUUCCUCUUGUUCCACCUGGUGGUUCAACAAAUAUAGUUGUCCCACAACCACAUCCUGGUGAAUCAUCUUUGUUAUCUGUUACGUGUUCUAUUCUUGGUGGUGCAUUGGCAGGGAGAACGCAAGCAAUUACUUUCCAACCACGAUACAUCAUCUGUAACUCAUGCAGCCGGAACUUGUGCUACAAGCAGAAGGGGACCAAUUUAGUUUCUCAAUUGGCUGUUGGACAGCAUUCUCAGCUUCAGUGGGCAGAUACUACAAGGGAAUUACUAGUUUCAAUCCGUCUAAAUGAGCCUGGAUGGCAAUGGUCAGGCGGCUUCUUGCCAGAUCAUUUAGGUGAUACUCAACUGAAGAUUUGGAACUAUGUUAAUAAAGCUUUCAACAUGGUGCGGGUGGAAGUUCAGAAUGCCAAUAUGUCAAGCGGAGAUGAAAAGCUUCUAGGGAGUGUCCAUGGAAAUGUCGGGACAAACUUUAUUCUAUUAUCAGAUGAUGACAUGGGCUAUAUGCCUUACAGGAUUGAUAAUUUCUCGAAUGAGAGGCUGAGGGUUUAUCAACAAAAAUGUGAAACUUUUGAUACCAUAGUUCAUCCUUACACGUCUUGCCCAUAUGCUUGGGAUGAACCGUGUUACCCUCAUCGUUUGACCAUUGAGGUGCCUGGAGAUCGUGUUAUAGGCUCUUAUGCAUUUGAGAUAACUAGACAACCUAUUACAGUGCACUUGCGCUCCACCCCUGAGAAACCUGAAAGGACAUUGCUGCUAUCUAUCUGUGCUGAAGGAGCUACAAAGGUUUUCAGAAUUGUAGAUUCAGGCCAUCACACCAUGAAAGAUAUAAAGGAAACGUUUAACUCUAAAUUCCAUGAGAAGGGAAAGCAAAAGCUUCAAACGGAUAAUAUCAUCCGUUACACUGAGAAGUUCUUGCUUGUCCUGCCAAGCAUUGGUAUUUCUUUGGUUAAUUCUCAUCCACAGGAACUGGUUUACGCUUGUGCGUCAAAUGUUGUGUUUGAUCUGAGUCAAAGUGUAGAUCAGCAGAAGCUUUCCUUUCAUAUCUCUUCAUUACAGAUAGACAACCCACUUCACAAUUCUUCGUAUCCUGUCAUAUUGUCAUUCAAUGAUGACCACAGAAGCAUUCCUAUCGAUUGGGGUAUUAAGGAUAAAGCAAGAUUUUUUGAAUCUGUUGAGCAACUUAGGAGUAAUACCCGUGAUGUUGUACUCUACAUUGGCUUAGCAAAGUGGCGGAAGAAAGAUGUUUCAUUAGUUUCUUUCGAGUACAUAAAUAUAAGGAUUGGUGAAUUUGGACUUGAGCUCGAGCUACAAACACUACUAUCCUUGUUGGAGUUCGUAAAAGCAGUGCUUCCUAAUUCUCAGGCUAGGCUCUUGCCUCUCUCAGAUCCAACAGUACAUCCUCUGAUUUAUGACACUGGUUCCAAAGAAAUAAGUUUGGACGAUGCUCCACCACAUGCAAGAAACAUUCCUGUAUUUAACAAAAGCCAGAGAAGCACUGUAUCUCUACCUAUAGUGGUUCCGAUAGGAGCUCCUUGGCAGCAUAUUCACUUGUUGGCUCGAAGACACAGGAAACUUUAUGUUGAAACAUUCGACUUAACUCCUAUUAAGUUUACAUUAAGCUUCUGCAGUGCUCCCUGGAUGCUUAGGAAUGGCAUUCUUACUUCAGGGGAGUCCCUUAUCCAUAGAGGUCUUAUGGCUCUUGCCGAUGUCGAGGGUGCUCGAAUACAUCUCAAGCAAUUGACAAUUGCUCAUCACAUGACUAGUUGGGAAUCAUUUCAGGAGAUCCUUGUUGGGCACUAUACCCGUCAAAUUCUUCAUGAGAUGUACAAGGUGUUUGGCUCUGCUGGCGUUAUUGGUAAUCCCAUGGGGUUUGCGAGGAAUGUUGCGGUUGGAAUCAAAGAUUUCCUGUCUGCUCCCAGCAGGAGUGUCUCAAAAAGCCCCGCAGGAAUUAUUCAAGGAAUGGCUCAUGGAACAACGAGUCUCUUGAGUAGCACUGUUUAUGCUUUAAGUGACGCUGCCACUCAAUUUAGUAAAGCUGCACACAAGGGUAUUGUUGCAUUUACCUUCAGUGAACAUGACGUUGCAAGGAUGGAAAAGCAGCAAUUGGGCGAAGGAUCACGUAGCAAAGGAGUUAUAGGUGAAGUGUUUGAGGGACUCACUGGUCUCCUUCAAUCACCUAUAAGAGGAGCUGAGAAAUAUGGUCUUCCAGGGGUCAUAUCAGGAAUGGCUUUGGGGAUUACUGGAGUUGUGGCCAGACCAGCGGCUAGUAUCCUUGAGGUAACUGGAAAAACCGCACAGAGUAUCAGAAACCGAAGCCGGAUUCAUAACAUAAGAUUCCAAAGGCAUAGGCUUCGCCUUCCCAGGCCUCUGAGCAGAGAACAACCUCUAAGGCCUUACUCAUGGGAAGAAGCGGUCGGGACAGCAGUACUUACGGAGUUUGGAGAUGCCCUGAAGUUCAAAGGCGAGACGCUGGUCAAAUGCAAAGCACUCAAGCAAGAAGGAGCUUUCGUUGUAAUCACAGGGAGACUGGUAUUGGUUCUAAGCAGCCCCAGCUUGGUAGAUUUUGGCAAACCGGGAUUCCUCGGAGUUCCAAUAGAUUUGGUGUGGAAUAUCGAAAGAGAGAUCGGUUUGGAGAGCGUGAUACACACAGACUGCAGCGGCGGAGUUGUCCGCAUCAUAGGAAGCAAUUCAGAUGGUGUAUGGAACUGGAGACAGAACCAGCAAAAGAAGAGUAGUCCGAGCAGGAAACGAUGGAACGAUGCUUCAGCUCAGCCGCUUCUCCAGACCAACUUAGAGUUUACAUCCGAGGAAGAAGCAGAAGAGUUGCUGAGUGUGUUGUUAUCCACUAUUGAAACUGGGAAAAGCAGGAGCUGGCAUAGUCAGUUUGUUUUAAGUAGAAGCAACAUUAGUUAAACCAGAAGUUGCUUAACCGAGUGAAUAGAAUACAGAACUUGGACACUGUACAUGAGAGAGGUUUUGUAAAACUAUAAGCAACGGUCUUUAGGUCUAACUCGCUGCAGCUGUGUUUUGGGCCUUUUGGCUAUAAAUGCACCAUUUUUAGUUGUGGGUGUGAAUUUCAAUAUUUUUGAAAAUUUCGUUGUGUUGCUAACUGCUUUGUUAUUUUUUAAGACAAUAUUUUCAUUGUUAAAUGCAAAAACUAAUAAUAAAAUAUUAUAGAGAUUA